AUGAUUGCUGAACAAUUUGAAGGUACCGGAGGCGUGAGUAUGUUUGCACUCAAACUCGCCCGGGCAGCAGGACUGAGAGUUAUCCUCACCUCUUCAAGCGAUAAGAAACUCCACCAAAUGAGAGAGACGUUUGCAAGCCCACCGAUUCUGUCAGUCAACUACGCGACAAACCCAGAUUGGGAUAAGGAGGUCCUGAAGUUAACCAACGGCGUCGGUGUUGAUAUCGUUGUUGAAAACGGGGGAACCGGAUCUUUGGUCAAGAGCUUGAAAUGUACUCGGCGCGGUGGUAUUGUCAGUCAGGUCGGGUACCUCGCGAAACAGAACCCUAUGGACCUAGCAGAGUUAGUACCGACAAUUAUUGACCGUCGAGUGAUCCUGAGGGGUAUCAAAGCAGGGUCCAAGCAUGAUACGGAAGAUUUUUGUGCUGCACUGUCGGCUUGUCAGACGCCGCUUGAUAAUCUUAUCGACAAGGUCUUCCCUUUCGAGCAAGCGGAGGAGGCAUUGCAAUAUGUCUGGGAGGGCAAGCAGAUUGGAAAAAUCGUACUUAAACUCUAG